UUCAACGGUUGACAAAAUCAACUCGUACGACAAUGUCGUAUACCGUUGUCCUCGUUCGUAUUUGCAUAUCCGACGCCUGGAUUCAGAUCCUUCCACAUCAGAACCCACAUUAUACUGAAAUUCACUGAAACAGAACGCGAAUUAGUAGAGAGAGAGAGAGAGAGAGGUGUAAAUCUGAAGGAAAAUCUUAAAGCGAAACAAUGAGAAAAGGGGAUUGACAACGGUUGAUUUCAUUAUAAUACUAUUCUUCAAGACAAAAAGCUCACUUUUUAGGUUUUUUUUUUUUUUUCACUUUAUCACUCUAUAGAUACAUAUAUAUGAUUAGUGCAUGUACAGAGAAAUAAAGGGUACAUGAUGAAUAAAGCUAAAAAGAAAAGGGUUAAGAAAAUUUGAAUCUUUGAGCAAAAAGUGGAAAAAAUAUGGCUGACGGUCUCUGUUUCCUUUCUAAGGAUAGCUUGAUUAUAAAAAAUCCGAAGAGAAAUCCCCUGGUGAUGAGAAUGGUGGUUUUAAUCUUUGUGAUGGUCUGCGGGGUUUAUAUAUGUUCAGUUUGUCUAAGGCAAUAUAGUGCACAUUCCAGUGAACGUCUAUUGAAAGUUCAAGUGGUUGAGAGGCCAUGUGAAGCACCAAUUGUCGAACCUUCAGAAAAACCCUACAUGCAUUUUCCCAAGCCGAAGACUUUCAGCAGGUCCGAGUGUGCAUGCAAUCCUGUGCGUUAUUUUGCAAUUCUGUCCACCCAAAGGUCCGGGAGUGGAUGGUUUGAGACAUUGUUGAACAGUCAUAUUAACAUAAGCUCUAAUGGGGAAAUCUUCUCGGUUAAGGUUCGGAGGAGUAAUGUAUCGACAAUAGUGAAAACUCUGGAUAAUAUCUAUAAUCUAGACUGGCUUACUAGUGCCUCCAAGAAUGAGUGUACAGCUGCCGUUGGAUUGAAAUGGAUGCUUAAUCAGGGUUUAAUGCAACAUCACGAAGCAAUAGUGAAAUACUUCAAUACUAAAGGUGUUUCAGCAAUUUUUCUCUUCAGAAGAAAUCUUUUGCGCCGAAUGAUUUCAAUACUUGCUAAUUCCUAUGAUCAGAAUGCUAAACUGCUGAAUGGGACACACAAAUCUCAUGUUCAUUCGACCCACGAGGCCGAGAUACUUGCUAGAUACAAACCUACACUCAAUACAACAUUGCUGAUACCCAAUCUGAGGCAGGUGGAUGAGAUGGUUAUGAAAUCUUUAGAAUAUUUCAAGAGCACUCGACGUUUGAUCCUUUACUACGAGGACAUUAUAAAGAACGAAACUAAAUUGAUGGAUGUUCAGGAUUUUCUAAAGGUUCCACGAAGGAACCUGAAUAGUCGUCAGGUGAAGAUACACCGGGGGUCCUUGUCAUCUCAGGUUGAAAAUUGGGGGGACGUUGAGAAGACGCUUAAAGGAACACAUUAUGAAAGCUAUUUACAGGAGGAUUACAAGAUAUAAAUACGUGUAUGCACGCCAUGUGUAUAUUGAGCUUUUUUUUUUUGGCAUAUAGCUUAUUCAUUAUUCUUUAACUAAAGAAAGGUAACAGGGCAACUCCCUGUUGAAAUUUUGGCUAAAGGCACGUUGCUGCUUUUGCAUUUUCCUGUUAGAAGUUAUAGAUAUCACUUCAUUUCGACACUGGAGAUCUAUUGUAGCUGAGUUGAUUUAAGAAUGAAAUUUGUACUUUUCCUUUGUUCCUAA